AUGCUGUUCAAGGCAAGCCUGCUACUGCUGGCGACAGCGGUGGAUGCGGCGCCACACUACAUCUUUGGAAACCUGAAGGGGACGCAGGACUGGCAGGUGGUGCGCAUGACGGCCAACCACUACAGCAACGCGCCCGUCACCGACGUCACGUCGGAGGCGAUCCGGUGCUACCAGAACACGCCGGGCGGCGGCGGCAGCACGUCGACGUACAAGGCCAGGGCGGGCGGCACCAUCACCUGGACGGCGAACCCAAACAUCUACCACCCCGGCGCGCUGUCGGCCUACAUGGCCAAGGUGCCGGCGGGCCAGACGGCGUCCACGUUUGACGGCGCCGGCGCCGUGUGGUUCAAAGUCUACCAGGACAUGCCCACCUCGUCUGGGUCGCAGAUGAACUGGCCGUCGCAAAACAAGGCGACAGUCGACUUCAAAGUCCCGCAGUGUCUGGCCGACGGCGACUACCUGUUCCGCAUCGAGCACGUGGCGCUGCACUCGGCGGCCAAGGAGAACGGCGCGCAGUUCUACAUCUCGUGCGCCCAGCUGACCGUCGACGGCGGCAGCGGCGCCAAGACGCCCACCGACCUCGUCUCCUUCCCCGGCGCCUACAAGCCGACAGACCCUGGACUCAUGAUCAACAUCUACAGCAACGGGGGCAAGGCCUAUACCCCGGCCGGGCCGGCAGUCUUUAAGUGCUGA